UAAAGUGCGGGUUUGCCACGUGAUAAAACGUUUACGUUUAGCGUUUCAUUGUUUAACUGUGACGCAAAAAAACAAAACAACAACAAAACAAACCACGUGCUGUGACGCAGUUGACGCUGCCCAGUAACCGUGGCAACAGUCAACUUCCCUCAACGGUAACUCAACAAAGCUGUUUCAGAAAGAACCCAAUAUGAGAAAACCCAGUGAGUUAAAGAAAAGCUGUUCAGAUGAAGACAAGCUCAGUAUAAAGGAAGCUGUGUGAGUAUCACCCAGUGAUGUCUGCUGAAAUACCCGUGGACAGAGCGCACCAGAGGAUGUGCAGAGACUCAAACCAGUCUCCUGCACCUGUCUCUCCUACGUCUGGAGCCGGUGGGGUGGAGCACCGAGGGGACAGACGUCUGGACCCGCUGUUCCCUCAGGGUGAACCGAUGGCAGGCAACAGUCACCCUUACGUCAUUGGGCAAAACCAGCAAGCUGCUGCAAACCUGGAUGCUGAAGCCAUAAAGCCCGUACAACAAGAACCAGAUCUUCCAUAUGAGGUGGUUCAGAGGCAGAUUGAGCAGAUCCACAAAGUUCUGCAGGAGCAGAGCCGACUGUUGACUCUACUGGGAGCAGUCUCUCUCGAAGGGCCGAUGUUUCCUGCCUGUGUGCCUCUACAGUGGAUUGGCUUGCAGUCUGUGCCGACUGUCAUGAACUCUGAGAAGCACCCAAUUCUCCCAGUGUCAUCUCAUCCAUCAGCUCAAAGGAGGCCUGUCUUUACAUGCCAAAACCAGGAUACCUUUAGAUCCGACAAAGAUAUAGCAGAGCAGAGACAUUUACCUACCAUCACAGGGACGGUGCACAGAGACCAGGACCCAGUCAGCCCCUCUGGAAUGAGGAACAUCCUGCCUCCUGACCCUGAAGACAGUUCUGCUGUGAGGGAGGAAGAGGCCCUCAGGAAGUGCGUAGAGGAGCAGCUGAAACAACAGCCACAGAACCUCAGUUGGAUGAAGACGGAGGGACGUUAUUUCUUGCAGGAGCCUGAGGCCAUUUCCAGGGUGGACAGAAAUAAUUCCAAGGCCGCUGACCGGCAGGAGGUCCAGAUGAGGGCUUGUCUGAGCCAGCAACAGCACAGCAGGAAGUUGACCUCUGGCAUCCAGUGGCACUCCUCUGCCCCAUCUUUGGUCUUUAAAGGCGAAGGAACGCAGCUGGAGUCCUUCCAGGGUCUGACCUUCCAGCCCGAGCAUAGCGGACAAUUCAGGACUCUACAGGACUUUUGCUCUGCCUCAUAUAAUCCUCCGGCACCCCAGUACAGCCACAGAAACACCCAAACAGAGCUCCAGGCUCAGUCUGAGUUAUUCUCCCUGGUCUGCAACCAAGAACUUAGAAGAAGAACUUAUUUCAGUACUCCCCAUUAUACCCCUUUCCAAGCAAAAGAGAUUACUGAUAUUCCCACAACGACAGAAAGAGAAGAGAAAGUUUGCCAAGUACAAGAUUGCAGAGAGAAAUCCCAUUUGGAAGAAAACAGUGAUUCUCAACAGACAGCCUCUGAUGGGAAGCCUUUCAGAGAGGAAAGGCUGAAGCACCAAGAGACGGAGAACGAGUGCAAAACUGCAGCAAAAGUUGUUGACGAAGGCGAGGUGAAAGGUCAGUUUGAACUUCCAGUACCUCAUAGAAAAAUGGCUCUGAGCUCAUCUGGUGCCACCUCAGAGGAUCGAUGGGAACAAUCGCUGCUGCAGCGGAAAAACACACAAGUCUGGAUACCCAAACGCCCCAGCGCUGUUUAUGAAUCAGACUUAGUGCAGCAUUUCGACAUCUCCCCCCCCUUGAAGGACAACAGAGAUUCCCCUCGGGCCUGGCGAAACCAGGAAGUUAUUGUUAGUUUUAAGGCGGUGAACGACCACAUAGAGAGAGUCUCAAGCUUCAACAAGGAAACUCUAUCCACAGGCUGUGAUGAAACAAAAACACGGUUGCCUCUCUGCCAGUGCAACGAGUCAAAACCAGGAAGCAGCACUGGCUCAAACUGGGUCGAAGGUCAAAAGCCAGCUACAAAACCCACGGCAUUUUGUCUUUGUCCUCCAAACCACACAAGUCAGGCCUCAACACCUCUGAAGCGCUGUACAUUUCCCAUGCAUUCCACCUCAAGGAGCACUCGUGGAAGCAGCAGCAAGGGUGCAGAUAACCCACCCUCCCAGUGUCACCACUUUCCCAAGCUCCCAUCCCCUUCUCCCUGCCUCGGCCUGCAGGAUUCCCGUAUAAACCUCACAGAGGAUGAUUAUGGCAGUGACGCCUGGGAGGGAUGGAUGUCCCCGGGGAUCCAGAAACAGGACCAGCGUCUUGGUUUUGGACUGGGACCUCAGCAACAAUCCUUGUCCUCCAGUUGCAACAGAGAGGAUCGAAGUCAUGAUGGGGGUCCUGAAAUGUCGAACAUACACUCACUGAAACCAGAAAGAACACAUGAUGAUCCAGAUGACACAAAAAAAGCACAAACCUCACAGGGAUUUCACAGAGUGGAUCAGAAAGAUGAGCUCAAGAGCGGCUGCGAAGGAGAUAACAUCCUCUCUGACCAAAGUCCACACAGACAAGGAUCCAGGGAAGUUCAGGCCCUCAGGCAGCAGAUGGAGGCCCUUCAGCAGCAGUUUAAGCAGAGAGAGAAUGAUUGGUCUGUAGUUCGAUGCCAGUUGGACGAGGUGAUCAGAGAAAACUCUGAGCUGAGGGAGAGACUCACAGUUACGCCACAGUGCCGUCCAGUGGUCCACAGGCGUACUGCACAGACACACACUGAACACCGGAGACAGACACAGAUAGAGCAGCUUUUCUCUAACGGGACAAGGAAACUAAUCUCUGCAGACCAGAAGACAGAAACAUUCCUAAAUGGAGACAUCAAACACAUUUUGGAAGACGGGAAAGUGGUGUAUUACUAUGCUGGUUCAAAGAUAACACACACCACCUACCCGAGUGGUCUGGAGGUCCUUCACUUCCCCAACAAGCAGAUUGAGAAGCGACACCCUGGGGGCAAGAGAGAGAUCUUAUUUCCAGACCAGACCAUCAAAUAUCUGGAGCCUGACGGCAGCGAGAGGACGAUCUUCACCGAUGGCACCACCGUUCACCUCUCACCAUCAGGUGAGAAGAUGGUAAAUUUCCCCAACGGUCAGAGGGAGAUCCACACUUCCCAGUACAAGAGGAGAGAGGAUCCUGAUGGGACAGUGAAGACCAUCUACUCCAACGGACGACAGGAAACCAAGUACGCAUCCGGCAGAGUACGCGUCAAGGAAAAGAACAAAGUUACCAUUUGACCAUUUGUUUGUGUGUGAGAUGUAGUGUGUGUGUUUGGGGGGUGUAGUGUCUCGAGGAAAAACCUUUUCAUCAUGUUUCAAAUAGGGAUCAGUGGCACAGGGAUCAGUGAUAGUAGAAUAGAGAUGUUAAUGAUACUAUUUAUUGAUUAUUUUUAAAGGUAAAGAGCUCGGUAAAGAGCUCAGGUGAUCUUUAAGGCAAGGAAAAAACAACAACUAAUAUGGCUCUUUGUCCCUUAACGCAAAUUAAAUGUCUGUCUUAAAUUAAAGGAAUCUAAAUCGUU